AGGAACGUCAAGAGCACGAGGUUUUAGUUUUCUGCUAUUUUAUUCGUGCAAACUUUUGUUUUACCAAUUUUUCUUAAAUUUUUAUCGUUUUAUUAUAUUAUUUUUGUAAUUUUUUGUUUAAAUUUUCACAAAUAUGAGAUCUAAAAUGGACGAACCGUUUCAUCCAUUAUUGCGCAUUCAGGCAAUGAAAUACUCGAAUUACAUGGUAAAAUUUGCCAUCAUCAAUGGAUCUGAAUUGGCCAAAUUCACGUUAAAAAUCGAUGGGAAAUCAGACUCGGAAAAAUAUAGAGAUGGAAGAUUUACGAUGAUUGAUGAAGAAGCUGCUGAGUUUCUUUCCCUUGAAGAGCCAUUCCAAGUGCGUUUAUUCCCGGAUGAGUUCCUUACGUACCGUUUAAAGAUCAAUCGCGACCAUCCAUCGGAGAAAAUUUGGUUUCGUUUGUGCCGGGAGUUCAGAUCCCGAAGUGGUCGGAAGAUGACAGUCACUUAUGUAAUUCCACUCGUCAUUGAGGAAGACGGAAUCCAUAUCAAAAAGCAAAAGAAGCAGUUUGCUGUGAAAGUUUGGUGAUUUGUGGGGUUCCUGUGUAAAUUUGUCGAAAAAAAUGUACUGAAAGAGAGGGAAGGCUGUUAAAAAGUUUUUUUUUGUUCUUGUUACGAAAUUGUUACUAAGGUUUUUUAACUGUUUAUUUAAUUUUUUUAAGUUUUUAGUCGUUUUUCCAAUUUUUGGAUUGAAAAUAAACGCGUUUUGUUAAGUU